AUGCGGAAAGUUGUGUUUUUGUCUUUCAUAGCAAUAUGUUCGGCCAAGCUGGGCUACAAUUACGAGCCAAACUCAACAGGCUUCGGAUACGGCUCUGCUGCUGACCAUGCGGACUUCCACAAGCAUUUUUAUGCCUUCGAAGCACCCCAAGAUGCCGUCGAUGAGGCUGAGUUGGUGGAGCAGAAGAUUUUGGCGCACUCCAAGAAAAAUCUACAGGUUGUUUUCAUAAAGGCGCCCGAGAACAAGGCCGUCGUAGGCGCCCUCAAAGCCCUGGCCAAGCAAACCAGCGAAGACAAAACUGACAUCUAUGUGCUGAACAAGCAAACGGAUCCCCAUGAAUUGGCAAGCAAAUUGAGCGCCGCACAGGCACAGGCGCAUAAACACAGGCCUCAAGUUCAUUUUGUCAAAUAUAGGACGGAAGAGGAGGCUUUGCAAGCGCAACAAGUCAUUCAGGCGCAGUACGGAAGAGCAACGGGUCCGUCGUCACCAUCCUCACAGCAGUCAUCUUCGGGCUACUCGCAGUCCACGGAGAUUCCCUCGCCAGGCUACUAUCCGGAAAGUCAACCACUGACGCAACAAGGCGCCUAUCCUCAGGAGCUCUACGGUGCGCCCCCAGCACCAGGAUCAAGUUAUCUGCCGCCCUACACGCCCAGCUAUGGCGCUGCUCCACAGCCUUACUUUGGUGGUGCAGAUCAAGGCAAUCUUGAUUUGCCGCCACUGCCCCUGCCAGAACAGCAACUGGCACCCAGUCCUUACGACUUGGAUGCACGCACUGCGAAGUCAAGUCGUAUUGAUUUCCGAGUCAACGAACGACACCGCUCAAAUGGUCGAAUGGUGUUUCCCACUGAGAAACCAGCGAAAACCUACCUGCCAGCCCUCUCUAAUAGCUAUUUGCCCCCUCAGAAGCGCAGAAGGCGCGCCCACUUCUAA